AUUCUUAUUGAUUAAUAAUGAUUUAUUAAUUCAUUUAAAAAUCAUCUUAAAGUGGAAAGAUGAUUUGGUAGAGAAGUAAUAGAAUUUCAGAAGCUAGUCACGGAGUUAAUUUGUUUUUCUCAGGUGCUUUAGAUCGAAAUUUUUAUAACAAUAGAAAAAAUGCGACCAGUGAUCUUUUCUUGGCUGUUCUGCCUGUCAAUUUGCCAUGGAUAUCGUUUGCUUGGACUUUUUCCCUUUCAAGGCAAGAGUCACUUCGUUAUGUUCGAGCAGCUGAUGAAGGGUUUGGCUAGAAAGGGCCAUCAGGUCGACGUGGUCAGUACGUUUCCGCUGAAGAAGCCUUACCCGAAUUACACCGAUAUCGUAACGUUGCCAAUGCCUGUGCAACUGGUGAACAACAUAUCGUACGAUGUCAUGCAACAAUUACUCGGCUCGAAUCCGGUGUAUGCUGUUGCAACAUUAGGAGGAAACGAUCUUUGUACGUAUUUGGGAUAUCCGUCAAUUCAAGAGCUAGCACGACCAAAAAAUCCACCUUACGAUGCUGUGCUUAUAGAGGUCUUUGGUGCUCACUGUUUCGGCAUCAUCGCCCACUUGCUGAAAGUUCCCUUGAUCGGGGUCAGCACCACGACGCUGUACCCAUGGCUACCUCCGCUGAUCGCUCAGCCCGAAAGUCUGGCUUUCGUGCCGAGCAACACUUUGAGCUUCACCGGUACUAUGAACUUUUGGCAACGUAUGUACAACAUCCUGCGUACUCUCUACGACAAGUGGUACUUCAAUUACCUGACGAAACGGGCGCAAGACAGGUUGAUACGGGACCACUUCGGGCCGGACAUGCCGGGAGUGCGGGAACUGGAACAGAAAAUGUCGUUGAUCCUCAUCAACUCUCACAUCACACUAAAUGGGAUACAGCCGAAGACACCUGCCGCGGUGGACGUGGCGGGAAUUCACAUCCAGGACGAGGGCUUAACGUUACCGCCUGAAUUAGAGAAGUGGUUAAAUGACUGCAAAGACGGUUUCAUCUAUUUCACUUUUGGCUCGAUGAUAAUGAUCGAGACAUUUCCACGUGAGUUCCUGAAAGUGCUUUACGCCUCAUUAGGCAAAAUAGCACCCGUACGCGUUCUAAUGAAGAUACCAAAUCCCGAGAAGUUGCCACCUGGUUUGCCCCAAAACAUUUACACGUCCCCAUGGAUGCCACAGAUUAAAAUAUUGAAACACCCUAAGAUAAGGGCUUUCAUCACUCAUGGUGGGCUCAUGGGCACGCAGGAAGCGAUAGCAUGCGGUGUUCCCAUGAUCGGCAUACCGCUUUUCGCCGAUCAAUUUGCGAAUGUCGACGCUUACGUCGCCCGAAACAUCGCUAUACGCCUGGACGUGAAAACAAUUAACGAAAAAGACAUGGACGCAGCUUUAAACGCGAUUUUAUGGAACCCUCUGUACCGGGAAACCGCGCGGAAUUUGUCCCAGCAAUUUUUCGAUCGGCCACUGAACGCCCUUGACACCGCUAAUUACUGGAUCGAGUAUAUCAUUAAGUACGGCGAGGAUUCCUUGCGAUCACCCGCGAUGGAUCUGACCUGGUGGCAACUAUCUCUCGUUGAUGUGAUUGCGUUUCUCAUAUUUUGCACGGUGCUCGUUAUCGCCAUUUUAGUGUUCAUUGUGCGUUUCAUAUUGGAGAUGAUAAAUGGAAGUCAUCAUGGUUCAUUACAUUCGAAAAAGACAAAUUAAUUUAAUAUUAGCAUAUUGAAUGCCAGAUCUGAUUCAUUUAUUUCUCUCGCUAUGUAUAUUUAAUUAAACUUACACAAUUAAAGAUAAAAAUGUUUAUACUCCGAUGGAAAUAUUUCCUUCUGACAUUCUCUCUUAAUUAACCCCGGUUCAUUAUCACUAUAACAUUUUUUUAUUAUUUUUUAACAAUAUAUAUUAACUUUCUUUAUAUUUUACAGUA